CGUCAGCGUGGCCCCGCCCCCGGCAGGUAAACCAACAGUCCGGCUGACUGUCCUGGACUCCCUGGGAGGACUCCGGCUGAGAUGCUUGACCAAGUCGUCUGCCUCGCCGCCGUCACCAUCAUGGCGGUCCUGGAGCAAGCAUACUUCUCCCUACAGGUGAUCCAUGCCAGGAGGAAGUUCUCUGUGUCGCCACCCUCUACGUCCGGACCGCCAGAGUUCCAGAGGGUCUUCAGAGCCCAAGUCAACUGCUCAGAGUAUUUCCCCAUCUUCAUCGCCACCUUGUGGAUGUCUGGAGUCUUCUUCCACCAAGGUGUGUCCUCGCUGUGCGGCCUGCUCUACCUGUACGCGCGCCUGCAUUACUUCCAAGGCUACUGUCAGUCGCCGCAGCAACGGCUGGCGCCGCUCUAUUGGUGCGCUCGUGUGCUAUGGCUGCUCAUCGGCUUCUCCUGCGUCGGCGUCUGUGCGCGCUUGUGGCGAGUGUAGGUGGACGUGCACCUGGAACUAAUAAAGGUUUGAUGAGG